AUGUUCCGCUCCGUGGUGUCCCUCUUCACCCCGGCCCGGGGGUUGGCGGGCAGCGCCCGCCUGCUCAACCAGCUGAAGCAGGCCCAGCAUCUCGAGUUUCUCCAGAAGUUCUACACGCCCGAGCUUCUCCAGCUGAUCAAGGUCGCCGAGACCGCGAUCUCGCCCGCCGACGUCAUGGCGAUGAAAAAGCGGGGGUUCCGGGGCAAGCUGAAGAUCGGCGUCACUGACCUCGACAGCGACUACUCCAAGCUGGAUCCCAAGUGGGAAGAACCCAUCGUCUACCCUAACCAAGGGGUUGGGCGCACUCCCUACCCCCAGAUCCCUCAGAUCCAGGGUCCCGACCGUACCGACUUGGUGCUCCGUUUCCCUCAGGCUAAGGCCAAGGGCAAGCGCCAGGGGAACCCCACCACCAGAGAGAUGGCCGCCGACUUGGCCAAGCUCACGGGGUUGGACGCCCGCUACAUCGAGAAGUUGUACGUGCGCCCCAUCAUCAUGAAGCGGGUGUCGUGCCAGACGGGGAAGGGUAAGAUUGCCAGUUUCUUUGUGUUGACCGUCGUCGGUGACGGCAACGGUACCGUGGGGCUCGGCAUCGGCAAGCUGAGAGAAGGGGUGCGGGUCGCCGCCCGCAAGGCCCACUGGAACGCGGUGAAGAACUUGACCCCGAUCCCCCGCUACGACAACCGGACCAUCUUGGGGGAGAUCGAGUACAAGUACCACGCGGUGAAGAUGUUCAUCAAGCUGGCCCCCGUCGGGUUCGGGUUGCGUGUCAACCCCAACAUCUUUGAGAUCUGCCAGGCGGCGGGGAUCAAGGACUUGCGGGGCAAGAUCUACAAGCUGAGAAACCCCGUGUUGGUGUGCCAAGGGUUUGUCGAGGCGUUGACCAAGCAGAGACGCAUCGAGGACUUGGCCGCCGGCCGCGGCAAGAAGAUCGUCGACUUGAGAAAGGUGUACUACUCCGCCUAA